GGAGCGGAGCGCCGAACUGAGCGCAGGGGAGCGGCUUCACUGUGACCCCGAUCUCCGGGGGGUGGGAAAAAAAGCGAGCCCACCAGACCGGACGGACGACGUCAUUUAUUUGUGUGUGUGCGCGCGUGUGUGUGUCAGAGACAGACCGUCGUUUUGCUGGCGGUCAGACAGACAGCAACAGUUGUCACGAUGUCUGAGAUCAGAUGAGGGCAGAGCAGCGGAGGGAACACUGCGGCGCUGCUGUGAUCCGGGCCGGCCGCCUGCGAUGAGACAGCCGCGUUAACCAGCCGGGACAGCAGGGCAGCAGCGCGGCGCGCGCAUCUGUUCGCGGAGCGCGGAUUUCGGCGUCAGUCAAACGCUCUCCGCUCGUCCCUCCCGGUGGUGUGUGCGGGUGAGGUGAAUCCAGACGUCAGGGCUGGCUCAUGUUCCGCUCAGCAGGGAAACGGGCUGUUGCGUCUGCGGAGAGUCAGAGCUGACGAGCCUGCCGACACACACGGACGGAUAGGCAGGCAGGCAGGCAGGCCGACAGACAGACAGGAGCGAGGGGAGGGGGGCACAGCCUGCCCUUUGCGGAUCGAGCCGAGCCCCCUCCUGUACCCACCCAGAACCCCCACCCACUCCUCUCCCCGCUUUGGAUGGGGGGAAAGCAGAGCACGGCGGGGCGGCCCCGGGGUGCUUUUCCCGGUGUCUCUACGGAUGACAGCGCGGUGCCACCCUCGGCCCACUUUGGUCACUACCGGCCGAGCGGCACCAUGGGCCUGCGGAGCCGCUCGGUGAGCUCCGUGGCUGGGAUGGGCAUCGAGCACAGUCCCGCCGUGCCCUUCGGCUUCUACACCCCAAGAGGAACGGACUCGGAUCGAGCCGGAGGGGGGUCAGGGGGCACUACCGCGGCCCCUCACGGGACCGGCUACCAGGACACUGGGAGCGGAGGGCACCACACGGACGGGGUGCUGUAUCUGGGGUCCCGGGGGUCGCUGGCUGACACCUUGCCCCUGCACAUCGCACCCCGCUGGUUCAGCGCGCACAGCGGAUUCAAGUGUCCUGUCUGCUCCAAGUCUGUGGCGUCCAAUGAAAUGGAGGUUCACUUUAUCAUGUGUCUAAGCAAGCCCCGCCUCUCUUACAAUGAUGAUGUGUUGGCGAGGGAUGCCGGUGAGUGUGUGAUAUGUCUAGAGGAACUGCAGCAAGGGGACACCAUAGCCAGACUGCCGUGCCUCUGCAUCUACCACAAAAGCUGUAUAGACUCAUGGUUUGAGAUCAAUCGGUCCUGCCCUGAACACCCCUCUGACUGACUGACCACCGGGCCCACUCUGAAUACUGUUCAAGGACAUCUCGUGGUCCUGCCGGGGAUAUCUGGACACAGGCGUAACCAAAUCUGGUGAAACAAUCAAAGUGAUCAACACUUAAGUAUCCUGACAGAAUCCAUCAUCCUACCAAAAUAAUUACUCCUUGAGAACUGAACCAAAAGAAAAAAAAGCAUAACUGUCGAACCAUCGUUCACUCCCUCCAUCUUACAUCUGCUGAUGAUACUGCUGAGAACCCACCACCCCUCCUUUCAUCCUUUGCACCUCUUCAAGCUAACAGAGUCCCUUAAAGGGCUUAGUUGGCCUCAGCUUCCCUUCUGACUCAACCGCGGCCAGCUGCUUCCCUGACACGCUCAGGUCCUCGCAGGCCUUACAUCACAUCUUUGGAUUCAGGCUUGUCAGUCACUUGUGUCCAGCCCUCCCAUGGCCUUAACUCGGAAGAGGAGUGGAAGCAGAGCGGAGGGAGGAAGAAGGAAGGGAACCAGUGAUAUGGAAGGAGGAGAAGGAGAAAACCGGCAAAUGGAUGAUUGUUGAGCUGCAGGAGCUCGCUAUGAGAAAAAGACUUGUACAUUAGUGGGUGGGCCUCUUAUCUCAUGCAAUAGGACGCCAACUUGGUGACGUCCUAUCAUAACAGACUGGCUCCCAGUGUGCUCCUUUCUCAUAGUUCCUGCCUCAGUUCUGCACUCUUCCUCACCAAUAUGACUCAAAUAAUUAAUUUAAAGUCUCCGCAGUGCUAUUUAGAUGUGGUUCACGCAUACCUGGCAGGCAGAAAGAGUCAAAAAUGUCAAACUGGGACGUCAGCUUGUCUUGUAUGUAUGGAUUGGUAAGAGGGACUGGGGGCUUGGUGGAAAGGAGCAGUCCUGACUGGGAGGCCAGAAGGGGCCAGCGAUGUAGUUUAUGCUCCUACUGUGCUUCACCUGGUAUGUGUAUGUACACUAUGUGGGUGUGUGUAUGCGUGGACUGGUGACAAUGUAGCUUUUGCUGAAGCCUUGGGUGUGUGUGUGUGUGUGUGUGUGUGUGUGUGUGUGUGUGUGUGUGUGUGUGUGUGUGUGAGGCAGCAUGAAAGGUUAUCGUAGAGGGCUGACUGAGACAGUGCCGUGUGUGUUUUGAAAUGUUUACAGUGUAGAUGUCCAUGUUCCCCGUGUGUGCGACUGGCAGUCCUCCCUUUACUUUGCUGAUGUUUACAGCUACAGAGAAGCGACAUGACAUAUUGUAAAUUUCACUUGUAACCUCUCUCGGUUCUUUCUUUUAAGAUCUGCCAGAUUUUUCAUGUGAUCAUGAUUAGUCAUUUUCUUGUGAGAGCCUCGAGCGAGAGCCAGUGUGAAUGAGUGUCUCUGUGCAUAUGACUGUUUGCAUGGAAGGAUUUCUGAACAGGCCCACUGGGCACAGCACCAAGGCCCAAGGAGUCAGACAACCCUGGUCCAGAGUCUGUCUUUUCUUGUUAAUAAAUAAUAAGAGGACUUGAAAAUACUCAAAAAGACCCAAAUGAGUUGAAAAUGGAACAAAUAAAUAAAAAGAAACUGAAAAUAUUCUAAAACCAGCUACAAAGAAAUUUGAAAAGAUCCAAAUCAGAGACCCACAGCUACCUAAAACAGCUACAGACAGACCCGACUGACUCAAAACAGCAACAAAGAGACUUAAAAUGAUUUAAAAUCGCUACAAAGAGACUUAAACUAACUUCAGUGGCUACGAAAUGACUGAAAACAACUACAAAGAGACACUAAUGAUUCAAAAAUGAUGUAGAAAGAUUCAAAAAUAACUCAAAACAACAGCCAUAACUACCAAAGGGACUCAAAAUGACCUGAAACAGCCACAGAGAGAUUAAUGACGUAAGAAAAAAACAACAACUACAGACUCAUAAUAAUUUUAAACAGUUACAAAGAAAUUUCAAAUGACUCAAAAAUGACUCACAUGAAUCAAAACAGUUAGAAAAAUGGGCUCAAAAUGUCUACUGAGAGACUAGAAUGACUUCCAAACAUCCAAAAAUUGACUCUGAAUAAUUUAAAACUGCAACAUGGACAUUCAUAAUCAAUUAAAUCAAAGAAAUUCAUAAUUCCACAAAAACAAACGAAAAUCAGAAUUUCUAAAACAAUUUAAAAUGACGUAAAAAACAAGAAUUUUAAAGAAAUAAAAAAAUGACCAAAAAGAGAAAUAAAUGGACACAAUGGAGGAACAAAUGCAGAAGCACCCUGAAGACGAGCAGAGGUGGACAACAGCCACAAACGUGUCAUUUAAAGUCUUUUGUCGUUUCUUUGUGUCUUCCUUGGUGGAGGCCUUUUACAAGCCUGUGCCCGCGGGCCUGUUGGCUCACGAUCCAUCCAUGACUGUUCGUGCAUGUGUGCUUGCGACUGAAAAGGCGCCUCUUGGUCUUUGCGACUGUCGGUUCCCCACAUUGUAUUUCUGCUAGAGCAGGUCUGGCUGUCUGCGAUGGGAGACGUGAGCCACUCAGACCCUUAAAAGGACUCUGUAGUCCCACUGUGGAGCCGCUGAACGGGGCUUAUUUAUUCAUUUGUUCAUAUUUAACAAUAUUUGUUUAAUAUUCCAGUCAUGUGGGGUGUUACUCACUCUUCAGAAUGCCAAGAGCUGAUGUGUGAAGACUACUACGAAUCAACAUACAAACUGCAUUUACAAAGCUACUGUAAACAAAUGGUGGAAUAAAUUGUGCUAGAUGACA